AUGGACGUUACGUGGCAGCCUCAGUGGCAGGCGCAGUGGGGAGGACUCGAGGCCGGCAUGUACGCGCCCUCGCAGCCGGCCACCGGGGUAGUGACGGCCGACAUGACGCAAGCGCACGCGCUCCAGAAGAGCGCCACCAAGGUGGAGAUACACGUUGCCUGCAAAGACCUGGUGAACUUGGACACCUUCUCCAAGUCGGAUCCGCUGUGCGCCGUCUACGCCAAGGAGAACGACAAAUGGAAGGAAGUAGGCAGGACCGAGAUCAUCUGGGACAACUUGAACCCCAAGUGGGUCACCUCUUUCAAGCUCCCGUACCAAUUCGAGAAGGUGCAGCCACUGAUGUUCAAAGUCUACGACAUCGACGACAAGAAUGCCGGCCUCGACAAGCAGGACUUUAUCGGCCACGCGGAGUGCCGGCUCAGCGAACUGAUGACGUCGAGCGGCCAGACGCUCGUGUUGACCCUUGUGAACGAGCAAAAGCCGAACCGAAGGAACGGAAAGAUCUUGGUCAUGGGCGAAGAGAUCAACGACACCAUCCCACAGGACCAGAUCGCGACGCUGAACGUCAGGGACAAAUACGUCAAGACGAGAAAGGAGUUUCACCGGUUCAAGUUCUCUGCGCACAAUCUUGACAGGAAGGAUCUCUUCGGCAAGUCUGAUCCUUUCUUUGUGAUUCUACGAUCGCGCGAGUCUGGGAGGUCCGGUGAGGCGGACAACUGGGUGCCCGUCUACAAAUCAGAGGUGCUUCUCACCCUGCUGCUCUCGCUCUUUGUGCACGUUUCGCGACUAAUAGUAGCCGCCGGCGCCAAUCAGACAAUCAAACUCACGCUCAACCCGAACUGGACGCCGUUCGAGAUCUCUGGCGAGGACCUCAACAACGGAGACCCCAAGCGGCCUCUCCUCAUUCAGAUCUGGGACUGGAACCGAAAUGGAGCGCAUUCGUUCAUCGGGCAGGUCGAAACCGACACCGAAGAGCUCUACUCCAACAAGGGCGACUUCCCCAUCAUCAACAACAAGAAGAAGGCCAAAAAGAAGAAGUACAGGGACUCAGGUCUGCUGAGGGUGGAGACCCGCCAGAAGGACCAGCGCGAGCAGAGGAUCGCCAACCCCUACUACGGCUACAACACCCACACAUUCCUCGAAUACAUCGCUGGUGGCUGCCAGAUCAGUCUCAUCAUCGCAAUCGAUUUCACGGCGUCGAAUGGCAGUCCAAAGGAUCCCGCGUCGCUCCACUAUCUCGACCCCAGUGGCAGGAAGCAAAACGAGUACGUGGCGGCCAUCACAUCGGUGGGACAGAUCCUAUCCGACUACGACAGCGACAAGCGAUACCCGGUCUACGGAUUCGGAGGGAAGAAGAAGGCCGAGGGCAAGGCGGGAACGGCCCACCACUGCUUCGCGCUCAACGGCAACGAAAGCGACCCCGAGGUGCAGGGCAUCGACGGCGUGCUCCAGGCCUACGAAAAGGCGUUCGAGCACUGGAUUCUGUCCGGUCCUACCAAUUUUGCUGAGAUCAUCUCCGGGGCGGCGGACAUGGCGAAGGAGGCCGUGGCCCAACAGCGCCAGAACCACUUCAUCCUGCUCAUUUUGACCGAUGGUAUCAUCUCGGACAUGCGGGAGACCACGCGCGAGAUCGUCCGAGCCUCAACGUUGCCGCUCUCAAUUGUGAUCGUGGGUGUGGGCGAUGCCGAUUUCAAGGACAUGGACGUGCUCGAUGCCGACGACAAUCCGCUGGUCUACAACGGCCAGGAGAUGGAGCGCGACAUCGUCCAGUUCGUCCCCUUCCGCGAGUUCCGGAACAACCCCCACCAGCUCGCCGAGGAAACACUAAAGGAGAUCCCGUGGCAGCUGACGUCGUUCAUGGCCAUCAACGGCAUCAGCCCCAACCCGCGGUCGGCCUUCCAGUACCCGUCGUCCAGGGGCUCGGUGAUGGGCCUUCAGCCGCCGCCCAGUGCCGGCGUGCAGUUCCCCACCGGCGGCCCGCCACAGAGCCAGGGCUAUCCUGGAUUCGGUCAGCCCGCGAUGGACUCUGGCUACGCCGGCUACAACGCGAUGCAGCAGCAGCAGUGGGGUGGUGGCGGCGGCGGCCAGAUGCCGAUGAGCGGGCAGUACCCGCCGCCGCACCAGCAGUCGUGGGGCGGCCCGCCCAUGCCACAGCAGCAGCAACAGCAGCAACAGUACCCACCGUCACAGGGCCAGCAGUACCCGCAGCAGUGGCAGAUGGGCGGACAGCAGCAACCCUACUACCCGCAGCAGCAGCAGCAGCAGCAGCAGCAGCAGCAGCAGCAGCAGUACCCGCCCCAGUCCCAGCAAUAUCCGCCCAGCAGCAGCAGUACCCGCCCCAGCAGCAGCAGCCACUCGUGGCCCGCGACUCGAGCACGCCUGCCGUCGUCGCAAGCAGCCGCAGCCGCCCAUGCCGCAGCAGCAGCAGCAGUACUACCAGCCCAUGGGCCAGCAGCAGCAGCAGCCGCCGAUGGGAGGGCCGGCCUACCCCGACCACUUCCAAUCGACGCAGCCCAGCCCCAGCAGCAGCAGCCGCUGACGUCGGCGUCGGCACCGCCUGCGGAUGGAUUGAACUCUGGCGGCGGCGUUGGAGAGGCGCGACUGGACGACCAGCUCGAGGAACUGCUGACGCGGCUGGGCUACCUCAACUUCCGCGAGACAUUCCUCAAGGAGAAGCUCACCUACGAGGCGCUGAAGGAGUUCGAGAAGGACGACCUCAAGGAGCUGGGCCUGCCCGCGGGUCCGCGCAUCGCCAUCUACAACGCCAUGCACAAGACCGACGCCUGA